GGCCCCGUCGGGGCGGCCGGGGGGCGGCCGGGGCGGGGCGAUGCCGGACGGCGGCGGCGGCGGCGGCCCCGGUCGGGGCCCGUGACCAUGGGCAUCGCCGAGUCCACGCCGGACGAGCUGCCGUCGGACGCCGAGGAGCAGCUGCGCAGCGGCGAGCAGCAACUGGAGCUGAGCGGGCGGCGGCUGCGGCGCUUGCCCAGCGCGGUGUGCGCGCUGAGCCGCCUGCAGAAGCUGUACGUGAGCGGCACGGGGCUGCGCGAGCUGCCGGAGGAGAUCGAGGAACUGCGCGAGUUGCGCAUCCUGGCUCUGGACUUCAACAAGCUGGAGCGCUUGCCCGACGGCCUGUGUCGCCUGCCGCGCCUCACGCGCCUCUACCUGGGCGGCAACCGCCUGCUGGCGCUGCCCGCCGACUUCGCGCAGCUGCAGAGCCUGCGCUGCCUCUGGAUCGAGGGCAACUUCCUGCGGCGCUUCCCGCGGCCGCUGCUGCGCCUGGUGGCGCUGCAGUCGCUGCAGAUGGGCGACAACCGGCUGCGCGCGCUGCCCGCCGAGCUGCCGCGCAUGACGGGCUUGCGCGGCCUCUGGCUCUACGGCAACCGCUUCGAGGAGUUCCCGCCCGCGCUCCUGCGUAUGGGCCGCCUGCACAUCCUCGACCUCGACCGCAACCGCCUGGGCGGCUUCCCGGACCUGCACCCGCUGCGCGCGCUGCGCGUCUUCUCCUACGACCACAACCCGGUCACUGGGCCCCCGCGCGUCGCCGACACCGUGUUCCUGGUGGGCGAGGGCGCUGUAGAGCGCAUGGCCGAGCGCGACGAGCCCACGCCCCGGCAGCCACCCCGGCGCCCGGCGCGGGCCUUUGAGGACGAGGAGGAAGAAGACCUGCUCAUAGGGGGCGCCAGCUCGCGGGCCCUGGAAGCCCCGGCUCCGGGACUGGGCACCUGAGGCUGCUGUCUUGGCCAUCGAUGGGCUUGGCCACCCUGGAAGGAGGGCCUCUGGGUCCCUCUGGGUCUGUCGGGACGGCGAGGGCGGGCACUUUGGGCGAGCUGUGGGCACAGGCAGGCCUAGGGGGCAGCUUCAGACCCUCCCGGGUAGUAAGACUGCUACCUAGCCGAUCUCUGGACAGUCGUCGGAGCAAGAAGACUGGGCUCCACUCGCUCUGCAGUAGAACCACUGCCAACACAGCAGAGGUCCAGCUUCCUCCCGAGCCAGGGUCGUGGUGGUCUGUGGAAUGAUGGCCUCGCCUCGCCCUGAAUCCAGAUGCCCAGCGCGCCCACCACCCUCGCUCCUGGGGUUGGACCUCCUGGGCCCACCCUUUCUGGUGCAGGAGCUGCUACCUCCCAGGUGCACCGUGUGCCUGGUGAGGCAGAACCGCCUUGGGGGUGGGGCUGGCCCAGGAGCAGGGGCUUGGAGUUGGGCUUGUGCCCAAGAAGAGGGGAAGCCGGGGUUGGAGCAGCUGCCUGGCCGCUGCCCUCACCUGUCUGCAGGGCUCAUCUACAUACCUCCCUCCCCCGGCCCCCUAGGAUUUGGGGGAGGAGGAAGGGCAGGAGGCAGGGGCUCCGUCCCCACCUUUCCAUUCGGGUCUCUUCCAGCAUGUGCCUGGAAUCCUACUGGGCAAAGAGAGCUCUCCCUCCUUUCCCCACAGCCUGUGCCAUCAGCUGUCAAGUUUGAAAAGAAGCCACUGUGCCUCCAGGGCCUCCUGCUCAGAAGAGAGGGGCUCUGUGCUCCGGGAGGCCGCCCCAGCACCUCUCCCACUGCCUGCACUCUCCAUUCCCUUACAUGGGCACAGCCAGGGUGGCUGGCACGGGACGGGCACUGUGUGCCUCCGCUCCGUCACCAGGGACAGCCUCGAGGGGGUGAGGAGAGGGGCCCAGCUCUGCAGUCCCCAGGGCAAGAUCUUUCCCAUCCAAGCAAUAACGGGAGGAGGGGGCCAGGGCCGAGGACACUCAGGGACACUGUCGGGGCCGAGGCCCAACUCGCUAGUGUUUUCUUUAGGAAGAAAAAACAAACGGGCUGUAAGCAUAAAUUAUAUUUCUUGGAUAAAGAA